UGUGCCACAUUGAUUGGCAAUUGAAACGUAAACCCCGACGGCACUGUUAGUCAUCCUGCCCCGACCUCUCGGCUAUCGCAAAUCCUGUACCCUCAUUCCCCAUCCCUAUUCCCGUUUCCAUUUGGACCCGUAAUCAUUGUCACCGUUCCUAAUCAAAGGUCGGCCUGUUUGUCGCCGUCAUGUCGCUGUCUGUGGCGAGCCGUCGUCGCUUUCAGACGGCUGGAACGCCGAACGGAUCAUCCACCAGCUCCAGGUCCGUCUCCUCUGCGCGUUAUCCCCUACCUCUCCCCGUGCGCAAGCAGCACUCCUUCAUCGAUCCCGCCUCGAAGUUCACGGCCCAGCAACGCGGCUAUCUUUCGCGUGGCCUCUCCGUUGGUCGGUCCAUCGAGAACAUCCGCCAGAAGCUGUAUCCCGUGAGCCGGCAGACAACUCUCGCCGUCGAUCAGUCCUCGCCCAAGUUUGUCCCACGCGUAACUUCCACCCAGAGCUCUCUGCGGCUGAGGGAGAAGAGUCUGGUGGCCUGGUCUUCCACGUCUUCGCUGUUGAAGCCAUCGCUGGACCACGAACCGGACAGAGCCAAGCCUGCCGAUCAGCAGGAUCCAAAUAACAGCGCCAAGGCGGACAAGAAUCGGAUCAACCUCAACAUUGUGCUGGCCCAGACGAUUCGGGCCACCAACGAGCAGGAGCCCAUUCCCAGUGACAUCGACAGUGCCACGGAGAGCUGUGAGCCGUCCCGGCCGGAACCAGAAGCAGCUUCGAACCCAAUCCCAAUCCCAGUCGCCGUCCCCUUGAGUGUCUCGCCGACCGCUCUGACCGUCCAGCGGCGUCCGCCCCUGGUGCGUGCUAUGUCCGCUCCGGUGCGGGGUCUGGACGAGAACAGCAGGAGCGUGAUUGCAGCCAGCAAGAGGAGCCAGCAGAAGCUGCGCCGCCGCAAGAUCUUUACGCGCACACCCUCAUCGGUGGCUGGCGGGGCAUCGCCCACAGUCGGGGUCGGCGUCGAGGGAAAUAGCAGCAGUUCCCUCCUGGGCGGCAGUGACUCCUCCAGCAGCAAGAAGACCCUGGGAAGGACGCGCAGUGUUGUGGCUCCCGAUGUCAUCACACUGGUGUCCCUGCUGAGCUCCGAGGGCAGCGACUCGGAGCGGGAGGACAACAACUCGGCGACUUCCACGCCAGUCGGUGGAGGCGACAAACAGCUGCCGGGAUCCACGCAGCGCAGUCCCCAGAGAAGGGCUCCGCUCUUGAGGAAGACGGGCAAAUCGGUCUCGUUUCAAGACAGCUAUCCGCCCACCUUCCAACUGGCGUCCAAGGAGUACUCCCACAUGAUCAGGCGCGGCUCCAUAGCACCCCUAGCUGCCCGUAUUCGCGCCAAUCGACCGCCGACGGCGCCGCCCGUCUCCAUUUUUCUGAGUGAAGGGUCCGCCAAGUCGGAUCAGCCGCAGAGGAAGUCCAUGCAGGCUCAGGGUGAGGCUGGGGGGGCCGAUUCUCCGUCCAACAUGUCGCCGGAGGAGGCCAAGAAGGAGAACAACAACAACGCGGCCAACUGUUCGGAGCAGCAGGACCACAACUAUCCGCUGUACGUGUGCAGCAUCAAGGAGCGCGAGUGCUGGAAACUCUUCCAGAAGAUGUGCGCCAAGGGAGUGAGUGUCAGCUACGACACGGUGCUGCGCGGUAUGCUGACGCCCACGGAGUUCCGCCACUUCCAGAAGCAGCGGGAGCAGGAGGAGGCCCGCGUCCAGGAGGAGGCGGAGGCCGCCGAGGCAGCGGCAGCGGCUCUCGAGGCCAGCGAGAAGGACUCGCGCAAGAUGCCAGCCACGGCCAUCGAGCGCCUCUCCGAGUCCCUUCUGCAUAGCAAGUGAGACCGAAGGACCAAACUCAGCUGUAGCCCCAGUCCAUGAACCAUGGACCAUGGACCAUGACCAUUACUAUUGCAUUUGCCCCUAGUGGACGUAGAAGUAGCCGAACGAACAAAACAAGCACUUGUUAUACCGCCAUCGCACCCAGCUGAGACACAUCGGCGUCCAUCUCGUAGUUGUAGCCGGUACCCGCCUCCCAUAAUAUAAUCCUUAAUUAACUGUUGGUGUAGACGGCCCCCUAGGGGCAAUCAAUCAAGCUUGUGUGGACGUUGUGCCUGGCCAAUCACAAUCGCAACCGCAAUCGCAAUCGAAUGUACGAGUAGUGUAG